CUGAAGGUACUGUGCCUCAUUAUCAGCCUUUUAUCUUCGGCAAAAGCGACUGAAUUACAGCGAAUAAAUAUGUUAUGUAGAGGUAUCUGUACGUGUGGACUUGUUUGGGGAAUAUUUAUCUUAUUUGUGUUGUAUUGAGCUAAGGUUAGUGUCACGUUUGCUAGCUAUUGUAUGUAAGGACAUAGAGUAACAAAGGGGAUGACUGCGUUGACAGAUGUUAUUGUUACGUUAAUGAAAAGCAAAGGAAUAAGCUAAUCACAUUAGCAGAUGGGUGGUUUAACCAGUAGCUUAUGAAGGAAGCUGGAGCAGUAAAUUCAACUGAGGUCAGCUUGGCAACAACAGCAGCCUCUCUUGUUGACAGUAAGAUUACUGAUUGGUUCAUCCAUCACACUGAUACUGGUGAUAGCUUUGAGAUGUAUCAGCGGGCUCCUGACUGUUGUAGUAUUUAAGAUACUGGACUUUUCUGAUCAGAAUUUACGCCACUUGGAUCGAGAGAGCUGGAGACAAAUCAUCUUGGUUCCAUAAGACUUGGCAGGCCGAGCUACAGCCUGUUGACUCAUGGCGAUCAACACGGAUGUCGAGGACUGGGGCGGCGUUGGGAGUAAUGACUCUGGAGAGAGAGCGUGGCUCUUGCAAAGCCCCAGCGUGGAAUCUGUCCGGCACCUUGAGACAGAAAGGAGUGGGAGCGGGGGGGUGUCGUCUUGGGCAGCGAUCUUCAUCGUGGUAAACGCAGCACUGGGAGCCGGUCUACUCAAUUUCCCAGCAGCCUUCAAUUUGGCGGGAGGAGUGACUGCAGGAGUCAUUCUUCAAAUGUUUAUGCUGAUCUUCAUAAUCAGUGGACUGGUGAUCCUGGGCUACUGCUGCCAGGUCAGUAAUGAAAGCACGUAUCAGGAGGUUGUCAGAGCCACUUGUGGAAAAGUAACAGGGAUCGCUUGUGAAAUCGCCAUUGCUAUCUACACCUUUGGGACUUGUAUCGCUUUCUUUAUUGUCAUUGGAGACCAGCUGGAUCGCUUGGUGGCAGCAGUGGCUCAUGAAACAGAUGGUACAGUCAGUGGCCACUGGUACACUGACCGCAAGUUUACCAUCUGUGUUACUGCAGUCCUGAUUAUUCUUCCUCUCUCCAUCCCAAAAGAGAUUGGCUUUCAGAAAUAUGCCAGUGCAUUGAGUGUGAUCGGAACAUGGUAUGUGACCAUCGUGGUCAUUAUAAAGUACAUCUGGCCAAAUAAAGAUAUGACUCCGAGCCACGUUCCUGCCAGUUCUGCUUCCUGGACUGCAGUUUUCAAUGCAAUGCCCACCAUUUGCUUUGGUUUCCAGUGCCACGUCAGCUGUGUGCCGGUGUUCAACAGCAUGAGCAGAAAAGAGAUCAAACCUUGGGGGGUUGUCGUCACUCUCAGCAUGAUAAUCUGCCUAUUUGUUUACACUGGAACAGGUGUCUGCGGCUUCCUGACGUUUGGCUCCAGUGUCAGUCAGGAUGUGUUGAUGUCGUACCCUUCUGAUGAUAUCGCUGUGGCCCUCGCGAGAGCUUUUAUUGUCAUCUGUGUCAUCACCUCCUACCCCAUUUUACACUUCUGUGGCAGGGCAGUUAUAGAAGGACUUUGGCUGCGUUUGCAAGGUGAGCAGGUGGAGGUGUGUGUGCGUCGUGAGAAGAGGAGGAGGAUCCUGCAGACGCUGGUGUGGUUUGUUGUCACGCUCGUCCUCGCCCUCUUCAUCCCAGAUAUUGGUCGGGUGAUCUCGCUGAUCGGAGGAUUGGCAGCCUGCUUUAUCUUUGUCUUCCCAGGUUUGUGUUUGAUUCAAGCAAAGCUGUCAGAGACGGACAGCCGAACUGCAAGCUGGCAUGGAUUGGUGGUCUUCGGUGUGGUCAUGGUCACGAUUGGAGCGUUCAUCUUUGGCCUCACCACGACUAACUCUAUCUAUCAAGACGUCAUCAGCUAAAAGGAACUGUGUUAUUGUAGCCCGUGGUUUCUAAGACGGAGGGGGAGGGGGGGCUUAGUCCUGUGCUGCUACUCUGAACUACUGAAAAGAUGGAGAAGCAUCUCAUGACACUCAUUUAAAAAAAUCCUCUACGGCAUGUCACAUUCCUGCUCCGUACAGGAUAUGCAGAGUUAAAGCUCCACAUAUCUAUACUCAGUCAGGUAGUAUUCAGAGAUACAAUGCCAAAUGACUUUAGACACUUUGCCUUUUAUUUUAUGUACAGUUUCAAUUGCAUGUUUUAUGUUUUUUAUGGUGCUUUUAACAAGUUUCUAAAGGUUUAGGGGCACAGAGGGGUUCCCCCCUCUCUGGACCCUGUAGGGGCAACGUAUCCCUGUCCUGUUUACAAGAGCUGAAGGGCUUUGUAUACAAAGGUCUUACAAUCAAAUUGAUUUUAUUAAUGAAAUUGUACCAAUUUGUGUAUUUUAACUUGCAUGUCAAAGUAAAUGUUUCUUAUUGAAAAUGACAUGCUUUGGUUCCUUGGUCUAAUCCAGGGCCAGCCUUUAAGUUUGUUCGCAUAUUAAGAAUUUGAAACUUCUCCAAUAGAAAAUGUAAUUGAGUGAUAAGUUUGCACACAGAAUUAUUAAUGAAUGAUGUGAUAACUGCAGAAUGGGACAGUUUAAUUCUUGUUGAUUUUUAUUCUUUGAUAAUCAAUAAUAGUUUUCAACUAUGAAUAUUUGAAAAUUAAUUUAGUAAGGCAUUUGGGAUAUUUUUCUUAG